AUCCCACUGCAAAGGAGGAGAGAGAGGAGGGAGUCAUUCUCUGCAGGACUUAUCUGGCUGAAAAGUCCACGCUUGCUCCCUCCCUCCUUUUUUUCUUCCUUUGCUCCUCUGUCCCACCUCAUUUCUCACUCCCCCUCCUUUCCACCAUCCCACCCCAGAGCCCCCUGCUUCAACUCAGACAGACAGAGAUACACACACACACACACACACACACACACCCACACACACACACCGGAGGAGCCAGGACGGGGCAGGCAGACAAGGGAAACGUGUAGGCUGUCUAGCGGACAUGGAUUCACAUGGAAAUAGUGGAUCAUUCUUGCACAGGUGGACGCGGUCUGGCGAUGCAGUACACGCUGGCUUGGUUGUCACACUUCUGAUUGGAGUAUGGUGUACUCAGGCCUUAGAGGUGUCAGUGGGAAAGGUUCACUUUGUUGAGGUGAUGAAUGGUAGCUCUGUGCUUUUACCCUGUACCUACUCCAGCUGCAUUGGCAUCAAGAACCUGUACUUCAACUGGCAUUACAAUGACAAUGGCACGAUGGUGAAGCUUUGUGAAGCAGUGAUUCCAGCUGAGGGUGUGGAGCCCCAUGUGAAGAUCUACCACGAUCGGCUGGAGUUUGUGGGCUCCAGUAAGGACAGUAAUAUCUCCGUCCUGCUGUGGAACGUCACCUUUGAGGAUGAGGGCGAAUAUAUCUGCUUUGCCCGCAACCCCAAAGAGAAGGACCGAAACCAUAGUGCUGUGUUCACCCUCAUCGUAGUGGAUCAGUUAAAGGAAGUGGACAACACACUGACUAUCAUCAUUAUGUCCGUGGUCGGGGGCCUAAUCGGUUUGAUCAUUAUAGUUAUGGUCAUAAAGGCAAUAGUUGUGCACUUUCUCAACAAGGCUCAAGAGAAGAAUAAAGAGUGCCUUGUGAGCUCUUCAGGGAAUGACAACACAGAAAAUGGCCUUUCGGGUUCCAAAGCAGACAACAAAGCAUCACCAAAGGCAUGAAUUUAAGUAUGCGAAUGUGUGUAAAUCAGCAAAUGUAUAUAUGUACACUUGCAUAAUGACUAUAUAGUGAGAAAGCUAUAACAAUGGACUGUUUUAUCUUUAUCUUAUGGCAAAAUAGAAAAUGUGAAAAUAUUCAUAUAUAUUUUAGACUGUGCUUAAAAGUUGAAGCAUAUAAUGCUUGGGCUGGAUCGCACACCUUUUGCCAACGCUUGAAUCAAAAAGCAUUUUGAAGAAAAAAAUUGUCUUAGUGAGUUCUUUAGAAUUAAUGCUGUUUUGCUUCCAAGCCACUGCUCAAGCAUGUGUUGUACUCUGCUCAGAUCUGUUUGUGACACACAAAUAACUUACACUGCCAUUGAUAAUAAACUGCCACACUACUUCAUUAAUCAGCACAAGAACAAGAUGUUCAAGACAAACAUUUAAAAAGCACUAAAACAGCAUUCCAAGUACUUUUAAGCCAGGAUCACUCUUCAAAGACAAAACACAGCCAAACUUUUUCUGACCAAAAAAAUAUAUAUAAAUAAACAAAUAAUGAUAAUAAUAAUAAUAAUUGAUAUGUAAAUUUACACAAAGUCAACAGUGCCUCUUAGAUUGGAUGUUUACCACACAUUCACGCAGCUAAAGCAUGUGGCCCAAGUGUCACUCACCCUUACUGGUCUGCAUGUGUGGAUCAAGCAGUGAAGAGCAACAUGAGUACACUACAUAUGACUUGUCAAAUAAGUUGUACUAAGGAUACAAAGGGGAAUAAUGUUGAUGGAAUUUGUGAGAGAUCUGAGCUGUCUGAGCUACAAAGGGAGAUCCAGCCCAGCUCUGUUUUGUUAUUUCUUCUUCGUCUUCUUUUAUCCUUUCUUUUAUUCUUUUUUUUUGCUUUAGAACAGGGGUGUCAAACACAAGUCCAGGAGGUCCAUUGCACUGCAGUGCAAGACAUUUUCCUUGCUCUAACAUGCUUGCUUCAGCUCAUGAAGGGCUAUUCAUGCAUCGCCUACAAUUGCAUUCUUUCUUAGCCACAAGUCACAAGGUUGAAUCUGUUUUACAAAACAUGGUUAAAAAUACCAUUUAACCUAAUGAGACAGUGAGUGCGUUUACAUGCACCUAAUAAUCCGAUUGCUGCAGAUAAUCAGAUUUUGUCAGUAAUUUGAUCAACACGUUUAUAUGCUCUUGAGUAAUCAAAUAACGGGAAACUCUGGGUCUACAUGAGUCAUCAGAUUUCUACUUUGCAACCAGCCAAUAAACUCACAGAAAUAGAUGUGACGCCAUCUGUUCCCGUGCAUGCGUAGACUUAGAAAUCCGAUAGAAAUCGGAGUGCGAGUUUACACGCACUGACAAAUAUGAUUACUGAGCUAAAAUUCUGCUCUCUUAAUCGGAUUUAUAGAUUGGAGUCUGGUGUUUACAUGACCAUGUCAAUAAUCGGAUAACUGCAGAAAUCCAUAUAUGAUCGGAUUAUUGAGUGUAUGUAUCAUUGUGGAUACUCAUUGUUGUGCAGGUUGUUUAGUGUCAACUGAUAACACUGACUUUCCAGUUUAAAAUGCUUUCCUUUCAAGCUGGUUGGUGUAGCAUGGAUAUGUGAGGAGUUGAAAUAGAUGUGUUAGAGCUGGGAAAUGACUAAACUGAAUUAGUAUCAUGGCCUUCCAAGACAGUUGGGUUUAGCAUCCUUGUUUAGAUGAAACACAGGUGCCUGCAAAUGCUUCAAACUCCCUUUGCUUCUAGGGAGCUUUCUAACUGCUAUGAAAAAGAGCUUCCUAUAAAAAAAAUCCCCUUAGUAUAGUGAGACAAUCCCAAAAAAAUACAGUACCCUGCAGAAAAUGAAUGAUCCUUACUGAUGCUGCUUUUAACAAGUUAACCAAUGCAUUUUUAACGCAGAAAAAAAAAAAGCAUGUGGAUGAUUUUAUACAUGUACUGUUCAAUGCUCACUUCUCACCACACUUGCUCAGAAGAUGGCUAGGUCAUAGAUAAUUGUUAUUUGCAAUGUCAAAACCCCUGUUGUUUCUCAGUCAUGGUCUCGGUGUGCCCCUGCAAAACACUGUUUAGUGUUUUCCUUGGCCUAAAACAUCCUUGUAAAGCCAGGAAGUCUUUUAAUUAACUGAGCUUGUUAACUAACUGAAAGUUAUAUAUGUUGGAGAAAGGAUAAUAUUUAAAAAGUGUACUGCAGGGGAUACUAAAGAACCAGGGCGAGUAUAAAAAUGUUAGAAACUGUUAUGCCUUCCAGGCAUCAUGAUGCCGGUGACCCCCUUGACCCACUGUUGUUUGUUGUAUUUCCGCAUUCUCAUUCUGUAUUUCCUCAAUCCUGAAUAGGAUUUCUGACCAAAAUGCGGACACAAAAAUGAUACCUAAAAUCUAUGACCCUCUUUACACCUGGUCAUUUCAUGCAUCUUCUCUGUCAGGACGAUAAUCAGACAGACGUUAUAUAUACUUUUAUAUUAUAUAUCUUUUUUUUUUUUAAUGUAUUUUUACCAUGUUGUACAAAAGUAGAGGGGAGCCAUCUUAAAUAGUGAGUCCCACACACCCCAGCACAUAUAUACACACAACAACCUCUACAAAUAAGCCUAACUUUUAAACAACAACUAAAAAGGCUAAGCUAGCAAUGCUAUUAGUUAUUAGCAUUGAUAAGCAAUGAUUCAUUGGCAGUCCUAACUUUUAAUCUCCCUCAUUAUUAUCGUUAAGUCUAACAUCCUGCUGCCUCUUUUUUGUUAUCAAGAUUAUUUGUUAAAAAGAAUUUCUGAGACAGGAGCAAAAAAAACCCCACAAAAACAUGAUGUUGGUGCACUGCAAGUCACCCUACCAAGCCUUUUAAAAUUUGUGAGGUUAGACACUGAUGUUGGACGAGAAGGCCUGGCUCACAGUCUCCACUCUAAUUCAUCCCAGAGGUGUUCGGGUUGAGGUC